GAGAGCGCAAGAGGAGCUGGUCGGUAACGGAGGACCGAAUGCCAAUCUCAUUGAGAAAGCGCCUUUAUUGCGCGUAAGAGACGGGAGGGACAGACGAUUCUAGUGCUGCACACAUACACAGACAGACAAGACACAGGAAGCUCUGGGAAACUCGGGGAAAGGGUGCAUUUUCACCGCCUCAAGAGGAAGUUAAGGACCAAUCUCUCGCUAAAAUAAAUCUUAAAAGGGGCACUGGGCACGCGGGAGUCGCCUUUGCAAGUAACUUGUGGGAUUUAUCGGGAAUUGUUUCUGAAAGGAGACCUGGCUUCCCUCUCCACACGUUUAUCUUUUAUUUUGUUCAUUUGAUUUCAUUUCAUCAGUUGCCCUAAACAACUGUCAUCUCCCGAAUUGCAGUAGCCUAUUGCAGCAGCGGAUUGUGCGUAAAGACAGAGACAGCAGCCUUUUCCGCGGACGAGUCAGGCACUUGCCUUCUUCACUUGCAUUUUUGUACUCUAUUUAUUAUUUAUAUCCAAGCUUUUAUUUAUUUUGGGACUUUUUCCGUCUAUUUUGGGGCGUCGGUGGUGAUUUCUGUGGAAUAUGGUGGGGGAAAUGGAAACGAAAGAGAAGCCGAAGCCGACCCCAGAUUAUCUGAUGCAGCUCAUGAACGAUAAGAAACUGAUGAGCAGUCUGCCCAACUUCUGCGGGAUCUUCAACCACCUCGAACGGCUUCUCGACGAAGAGAUCAGCAGGGUACGAAAGGACAUGUACAAUGACACAUUAAAUGGCAGCACGGAGAAGAGAAGCUCCGAGCUCCCGGACGCCGUCGGCCCCAUCGUUCAGCUCCAAGAGAAACUCUAUGUGCCUGUUAAAGAAUAUCCUGACUUUAAUUUUGUGGGCCGGAUCUUGGGCCCGCGGGGGCUCACAGCCAAACAGCUGGAGGCAGAGACAGGAUGUAAGAUCAUGGUGAGAGGGAAAGGCUCCAUGAGGGACAAAAAGAAGGAGGAACAAAACCGAGGCAAACCCAAUUGGGAGCAUCUGAAUGAGGACCUCCAUGUGCUCAUCACGGUGGAGGAUGCCCAGAACCGGGCUGAGAUCAAGCUUAAGCGUGCAGUGGAGGAGGUUAACAAGCUGCUCGUGCCUGCGGCUGAAGGCGAGGACAGUCUGAAGAAGAUGCAACUGAUGGAACUGGCCAUUCUUAAUGGCACCUACAGAGACGCCAAUAUCAAAUCACCUGCCCUUGCAUUCUCUCUUGCAGCAAGCGCCCAGGCACCACGGAUCAUCACCGGCCCAGCACCUGUCCUGCCGCCCAACGCCUUGCGCACGCCUACGCCAGCGGGGCCUACCAUCAUGCCCCUCAUCCGCCAGAUCCAGACCGUCAUGCCCAAUGGCUCGGCCCACCCGGCAACCGCCACCCUAAUGCAGCCCGGUCCAGAGUCGGGCCUGAUUUACGCAACGCCCUAUGACUACCCCUACACACUGGCCCCUGCCACCUCCAUUCUGGAGUAUCCUAUCGACUCCAGCGGGGUCUUAGCAGGUGCAGUGACAACUAAAGUUCGAAGGCACGAAAUGCGCGUCCAUCCUUACCAAAGGGUAGUGACCGCAGACAGAGCCACCACUGGCAACUAACCCCUGACCUUCUGACCUCUCCACCCAAUGACGACCUGCCCAUUACCUGCCUGCAGAUCACACCUCUGCCCUAAAAUGAAUGAAUGAAAGACAAAAAGAGUAUCUAAGAGCUGUCACAGGCAGUGGAUAUACAGCUUCCCUAAACCUCACUCGUUGGACGCGGGCGGCAGAUGCCCGGACGUUCCUGCCGCUGUAGAUCUGCACUCUUUGUAAGCAAUAAGCAAUAAUGAUUUGCCCCGCACCCUCUAAAUCAAAGCCAGACCUCCCAGUUAGCUGUGCAAAAGCCUGCAGCUCAUCGACGGCACUGUUGAGGAAACGGACUGCCCUUCAUCGCACCCCAACCCGUCGCUAGAGUAAUCCUGCAGUUACGGUAAUGAGUCUGAAUGUAAUGCAUGACGGUGUGGAUGAUGCCCCUCUCGCAUCAAUGCUACCCGGUGAACUACGACUGCGGCUCGUCACGUGUCACGACGGGCCAUUUGAGAAGCAUUUCAGCUGAAAAUACAUUAAAAAGAAGAGUAUUUCCCGACACUUUUCAGUGAACAAGCCUCUCUGAGGAUGUAUAAGCCAUGCUUGCCUAUCUGCUGUACAAAUGUAUGAAAUUUGUAGAUAAAUGUUCGAAGAGUGAUGAAAGAAAACAUGUAUAGGAAAAACACUUUUAUUAUCCUCCAGAGAACGUAUAUUUUUACAACUCACUAUUUUAUAUUGUCGAAUAUUGUGAAGAGAACGAAGAAAAAAAAACACAAUACCGAACCCUUUAUGAAGUGAAAACAAUCCAGUUUUCUGUAAUUGGAUGUAGACGUGGAUGACCAAAACAACCCUUUCGUUGAACCGAUGGGGUUGAUAGGGAAAUAUCAUUCAAGUGCCUUUGCCUUAUCAUAGUUCUCAUGUUCAAUAUGAAUGUCAUCAUGAGUGGCGAAUGAGCAGACCAGGACUGCAUUUCCCAAAAGCAUCAUAAGUCUACGUAGAUCUGCAUAGGCUUACGAUGGAUUCGGGAAAUGUAGUCCAGGUCAGUACACACAGCUUUCCCUUCAGGAACCACAUAAGUGACGGAUCACCAGCCUAAAUCUGCCUUCCUGUUUCGGCUGGAACAGCUCAACGCUCCAUCCCAGUAUUACACAGCGAUCAAAUCAAGGCCUUUCACACCACGCGAUUACUUCAAACCGACUCGGGGAGUCAAGGUCUAUUUGUUGCCUUCAGUCUUGACUCAUCCCUCAGAAUUGUGGGUAUUUUGCUCACAGUACUUGAAUUAAUUUGCACUUUAUGUUGAGUGCAUUUAGUUUAGUGCAUUGUAAUAUCAGUAUGGUAUUACAAAUGGUAUAUAGGAUAUACAGUAUUCAAUGCCAAAAAAAACUUUAGUCAGUAUGUUUGUCUUGUUUUACAGUAAAAAAUAUCUUAAUAUAUAUACAAAUAAGAAGUUUGUGUAUGAUAAAGAGUUUUCAGAGUAUAUAUACAACUAAAACACCAAUUGGUCAAAAGUUUAAGACUGUUUUAAUGUUUUUGAAAGAAGUCUCUUCUGCUCACCAAGGCUGCGUGUAUCUGAUAAAUACAAUAAAAUUUUAAUUUUACGAGUUCGCCUGCCCAUUCUGAUAGUUAAAGGUAAACAUACUUGGCUGGCUGUCCUCAACGGAGACUCAAACACGAGGCUCAGCUUGAGCUCCAAGUUCAACACCCCUCCCCCUCAAACUACAUAGGGGGAGAAUAACAGAAAUAGAGGAGGAGAUGGGGAGGUGGAGGGAUGCUGGAAGAAUUGUCACUGGGACGCUGCUUAUAUAGGCUCGCAAUGUGAUAAUUGACAGGACUGAAUGACUCUAGAACCUACAUUUGGAACUUCAUAUUGUGAAAUAUACAAUUUACAAUGUCAAUGUUGAAAAGGUUGUGCUGUUUAAUAUUCAAAUGUUUGGGGUAAGUUAGGUCUUUUAAAAUACAAAAGAUCUCUAUUUCAAAUAAAUUAUGUUCUUUUGAAAUUUCCAUUCAUCAAAAAAUCUUAAAAAAAUAUUUACACUGAAAUAUGAAGCAGCACAACUGUUUUCAACAUUGAUAAUAAUAAAAAAAUGUUUUCUUGAGCAGCAAAUCAGCAUAUUAGAAUGAUUUCUGAAGGAUCAUGUGACACUGAAAAUUCAGCUUUGCAUCACAGACAUAAAUUACAUUUUAAAAUAUAUUCAAAUAAAAUAAACAGUUAUUUUAAAAUGCUAAUAUUUAUUAUAUUUAAUUAUUAUAACAGUGUAUGUACUGUAAAUAAUUAUCUGGUUUUGAGAAAAUAUAUAUCUUGAAUUAAGUUCUUGUUUUAAGCAUAAAACUCAGAAAAUAAAUAUAACAUAAUAAAAAAUAAAAUAAUUAUAUAAAUAAAAAAUUGCCAGUGGGAUGAAAACAAUACACUUUUAAUCAAGAGAUAUUCUCUGACAAGACAAUUUAAUACAUGAUAUUGCUUCUCGAUUUAAAUAUUUUUUGAAAACAAAACAAAUACUGAUUAAAACUGAUAUUUUGUGGAUAUGAAAUAGUAUGUAGGUGGUGAUGGUGGGUAAGCUGUGUGUACUCCCUGCGCUGGCCUGCACCGUAUCAUUGUAAUGUACGCACAUCCCCCUCCAAACUCUUUCUUUACUAUGCAACAGAAUGGCCUCUGACGUCUUGAGGGGAGUCUCUGUGACAUCAAACAUGUCUUCCUGUUGUGUCUGCAUUUCCUCCCAUUUCCACUUAUGAUUCUGCAGUGCCAUCACAGUAUAAUAUUAAAGAAGGUAUAUCAAGGCGUGAUGUGUUUGAAAAUGCUUUGGAAUAUGAAAUGCGAAUUAUCUACAUAUUUAAAUCAGAUUUUGAUAAGUAAGAAUACAGAAAUUUGAUUUUGACAAAAGAAAAAAAAAAACUUAAAUAUGAGAGGUGAGUACUGUAAUUGAAAAAGCAUGAUGUCUCACACUCAAUAGAAAUGAAAAAUAUAAUAGUCUGAUUUGUCCUGGUUUUGCGAUUGAGUUUUUAAGUUUAAAGGUGAAGUGUGUAAUUUCUGACACCAAAAAGAAAAGUGAAAAUAAUGAUUUUUUCGAGCACACCUUCCCCACCUGCCAUUGGUCAGUCCAACAAGUCCCGCCCCCCGACUCGCACCAUUGGUUAAGCCAAAUGACAACACAUCGACCCGUGUUUUGACAGAAGUCAGUAGUUGUUUCUGUACAUUAAACUGGGAUAAAAAGAUUUGAACAAAAAAAAUUACACACUUCAGCUUUAAGAAUCAAGUUUGAUCAUGUGAAUGUCUUUUAUCAUGUGGAUAUGUGUGUACGACAUGCCGUCUUUCAGCCCCAAACGUGUGUGUUCCCUGCCCAAGUAUUGCCUAUGAGAAGACAUGUCUGUUUUAACAGCCAUUGUUACAAGUUUAUAAUGUAUUUUUCUAUCUUAUUUUAUAUGUAUGUAAUAAACAACAUUAAAUGCCUUGUCUCUGUAUCCUGAAUAGAUGAAAAGAUGUCUUUCCUGAAAGUUUCAUAAGAAUAAUUGCGCACAUCAGGGUGUUUUAUCAUAAGAAAGUUAUGUCGCAUAUCAUUAUCCAGCAGUGAUUUAUCAUCGUGGUUAUUAGCUGAUGUGACUAAACAAGGUCCUUGGUGGAGUUUCUGUGGCUGGAGACUCGGGUGCUGUGCAUCUGUGCCAAGAAAGCACUUUCACAAUUGGUGGAGCUCUAUUUCAUCUUGGCCUUAAUGAGUCAUGCGCUAGCUGGCUUUGUCAUUAGCUUCAGAGCUACAUAAUGCAGGGGAUAUUUAACGCUCUUCCCUAAUAGACAAUCAAUCAGUGAAGUGUACUCAGAAGAAGAGAUGUUUCUCUUUGCUCUUGACCUUGACCAGGAAAAUCAAUACAGCAUCAAUAGCACCUCAACAGAAUACACUAUACCACAUUAUUGGGUAUUGCCAUGGUCAGUAUUGCCAGAUGAGCACUUUUACUGAUUAAAUGUGCUGGAACUGCAACAUAUAGCUAUAGAAAUCACAUUAUGGUAAUACCUUUUAGUGCAUUUAAUUCCAUUUGUAAACUGUAAUUGGAUGAGCUGCAUUAAAAGAAAUAGCAAGUCAUUAUAGCAAAAUCCUCCACUGAUGCGGCCGGCCAAUCAGAAUCUAGUGUUCCAGAAAGUGGAAGAAUUGUUUAUUGUGAUUAUUGCUGAAAAUAAUAUAACUAUUUAAUGAUUAAUAGUGUCUUUUAUCAUAUUGUUGUGGUAAACAUUUUCUAAUAAGGCCGUAGAGGCUGUGAUGUUAUACUGUGUUCAAGGCAGAGGUUUUUAAAUGAAAAGCUAAUGAUCACCUUGUUAAAAUUCCUAAAGGCAACUGUAUAUUUUUAUGCAUAAAAACACAUUUAUACUGUGUGAGAAUUAAAUAAUUUGUUGUUUGACUGCUAUAUUGUCAUAGUGCUAAAGCAAAAUGAUAAAAUAUAAUCUGGAAAAGAGUUAUCUAUCUAUUUAUCUAUCUAUCUAUUUAUCUAUCUAUCUAUCUAUCUAUCUAUCUAUCUAUCUGUCUGUCUGUCUGUCUGUCUGUAUGUCUGUCUGUCUGUCUGUCUGGCCUGUCCAAUGUACAAUAAAAUAAUCACAAUUAAUAUAAUUAAUUCUGAACAGUCUUUAGAAAGCAGCACAUUUGGUUAAUGCAAAAACUUUGACAGUCAAAAAAAAUACAAAUACAAAUUUGAAAAAUAAAAAAAAAAUUAAAUAAUUAAAAUAAAUAUGAAAUGAAAUUAAAAUAUAAAUAUUAGUUUAAAAAAAAUAAAACACAAACUUAAAAUGAAUGAUGAAUUACUUCUGUCCCUCUUUUGUA